AUGCAGCUCAUUAACUUCUACGCCCUCACAGUCUUGGCCACCUCGGCCCUGGCUGCAGACUGUUUCGGCAACGGUAACAAGGACGUAGGAAAGUUCAUCACAGCUUAUUGGGAUGCUCGUGAGAGAAUGUGUAGUAACUCAGGCUGUACUUACCAGGAGGCUUGUACCACCUCGGGAUCUUUUACUGUCAAGGGUCUUGGUGUUGACACUAUCCUGAAUGUUGAGAUCAAGCGCAAGAACACUGGUGGUAAGAAGGGUUUCAAGGACUGCUGGGAUGCUACAGAGGACAUCAUCAACCAGUGCCCCAAGGGUGGCUCGAAGCAGCUGAGUGGAUCGUGGGAGGCCAAUGGUCAGCUGUACACGGUCAAUGGAUAUUUCUCGUUCAACUGA